AUUAUUACAAAUGGGUAAUUAAAUUGAAGCAAAUUAAAAGAGAUGUGCACAUCUCCAGAGUUGGUACGAUGAGAAUGGGCACCAAAAUGCACCCAUUUUUCUCUUGUUUUUUGCUGCUUCUUUUGGUUUCACCUCACAGUUAUGGAGAAAAAGAAGAAGAAGAUGAAUUUGAAGAAAUAAAAAGAUCAGAUUUUCCAAAGCAUUUCUUCUUUGGAGCUUCCACUUCUUCUUAUCAGAUUGAAGGAGGUUAUCUUGAAGAUGGGAAGGGAAUUAGUAAUUGGGAUGUUUUUUCUCAUACUCCAGGAAAAAUUAUUAACAAUGACACCGGAGAUGUGGCCGACGAUCAUUACCAUCGAUAUUUGGAAGAUAUUGAGUUAAUGCAUUCCAUGGGAAUGAAUGCGUAUCGCUUUUCCAUUUCUUGGACCCGAAUUUUACCAAGAGGAAGGUUUGGUAAAGUCAACAAAAGGGGAAUCAACUUCUACAACAAAAUUAUUGAUAAUCUAUUGUUAAAAGGUAUAGAGCCAUUCGUGACGAUUUAUCAUUUUGAUUAUCCAAUGGAGCUCGAAACAAGAUAUGAAAGUUGGAUGAGUUCACAAAUGCAGGACGAUUUUGUAGACUUUGCAAAUAUUUGUUUUGAAGAAUUUGGAGAUAGAGUGAAAUAUUGGAUGACGAUAAAUGAGCCAGAAAUGGUUGCAAUUUUGGGUUAUAAGAAGGGCAAUUUUCCACCAGCCCAUUGCUCACCACCAUUUGGAAAUUGCUCGAUAGGGAACUCUGAUAGGGAGCCUCUCAUUGUGAUGCACAACCAAUUGCUUGCCCAUGCUAAGGCUGUUAGCCUUUACCGCACCCAUUUUCAAGAAAAGCAAGGUGGAUCAAUAGGAAUAACGAUAUCUAUGCAGAUGUAUGAACCGUUAGACCAACAAUUAGACAGAAAAGCAGCGGACAGAUUCUUAGCCUUUCAUGUUGGUUGGAUAUACGAUCCAAUUGUGUAUGGAGAUUAUCCUAAAAAAAUGCGAGAGAUUUUAGGGAGUGAACUUCCAAGCUUCUCAGAUGAAGAUAAAAAAUAUAUAAAAGGAAGUUUGGACUUCACUUCUAUCAACCAUUACACUACAAAAUAUGUAAAGGACUGCUUUCAUUCAUCUUGCACAGAUGAGGCUAAUCGCCCUAUAAAUGCUUUCACCGAAACUACUCCCUAUCGAAAUGGCAUCCUUAUUGGAGAUCAGAUGGGAAUGCCAGGACUUUAUGUUGUUCCCAGGGGCAUGGAGAAGGUCAUUAACUAUAUUAAACAAAAGUAUCCUAACCAAUCCAUCUUUGUCACUGAAAAUGGAUAUUCCAUGCCAACAAGUGAUGGUAACAAAGUUGAAGACAUCGUAAAUGACUGGAAACGAAUUAAAUUCCACAAGAGCUACCUUGCUGCCUUGGCCAAAGCUAUGAGGAAUGGUGGUCAUGUGAGAGGAUAUUUUGCAUGGUCUUUAAUGGACAACUUCGAGUGGAUACGUGGGUAUGACACAAGGUUUGGGCUUUUUUAUGUGGAUCACUUGAAAACCCUUGAGCGGAGGCCCAAACUUUCGGCCCAUUGGUUUACUUCUUUCCUUGGCGGCUAUCCACUCAACUUUCAUCCAUCUGAAUAAAUAAUAAUAAUAAUAAUAAUGUAAUGGUGUGCUUUUAAAUUAGUUCUAAUAAUUCCAUUCUCAGCUAGAAAUAAAUUUCAUCUCUCGACUUUUCCUUCCGACUCUAUUUUAGCUAUCACUAUACUUACUCAUUAAUGAGGGAAGAUAUAAUAUAUGUGGUUUUUGUUCUCGAUUU